GCUGACGGAGGAGUCCCGGCGGAUUUUCGGGGAGCUGGGCAGCGCCGUGGCCAAGACGUUGGGUUUCCGCGACAGCUGGGUGUUCCUGGGGGCCAAGGGCGUGCGGGAGCCCAGCCCCUUCGAGCUGCACGUGAGGAACAACCGCGGCUCCAAUAAAUACGAGGGGUGGCCCGAGGCGCUGGAGAUGGAAGGAUGCGUCCCAAGGAGGCUCCCGGACCCAUAG